CUUGGCCCAGUCAGAGUCGACUCAGCAAGAAAAGCAGUCUUGCAAUAGGCCGACAGCAUCCUCGGAGUGCCUUUUUAUAACUGCAUAUUUUCCACAACCAUUAUUUCCAUUUACUUUUUGUCUCCCGCUGCCGCCGUUCAUCAACAUCCCACGGGCACUGCCCCUCCAAAAGCUCCUCACUCGUGCCCGACCCAAACCCAUGCACUUCUGACGCCAGCGCCGGGUUUGUGCAUUUUCCUCCUCAACCGCCUUACCAGCUGUGCCCGACUAUGCUGGAUGCGACAAACGUGACGCUGCAAAAAACAUAGCAGCCCUUAGAAGCGUAUCUUCUUUAAUUACCCUCCCCAAGCAUGGAGGCUCAGAUUGAAAAUGCCAUCGAGAUCCUCUCGUCGACUGGUCCAGUAGACCAGUCGACACGGCAACAGGCAUUCGACUUCAUAAAUCAAGUACGAUCCGACCCUUCAAGCUGGCAGGCUUGCAUCAACAUCUUUGUUCGUAACCCUCAGUCGUCCGAGGUGUGUCGUCUGGUUGCUCUUGAACACGUCAACAUUGCAAUCCACCACCAAACUCUCAACAACGAAAGCCUCAACUACCUCAAAUACACGCUGAUGCAGUAUGUUCAAGAGGCAUACGGUCCAGAACCGUCACGUCCAGCCGAUGCCCUCCACCUACAGAACAAGUUGACGCAGUGUUUGACAUACCUGUUCGCCUUCCUGUACCAGGACGGCUGGCAGUCCUUCAUCGACGACUUUCUCGCCCUCACUGGCCUGGCAAGCAACGUUGCCAAUGUCAAUGGAACACUGUUCUAUCUCCGUGUUCUAUCUUCUAUCCACGAUGAAAUCGCAGACAUGUUACUCUCUCGCGAAUCUGCGGAGGCGAAACGCAACACCGAUCUCAAAGACCGACUCCGAGGGCAAGAUGUGCACAAGGUUGCGGAAUCUUGGAAGCAGCUGCUCUCAAAAUAUAAUGAUAAUGACGCUGUUGUUGAACUGGUACUCAGAGUAUUAGGCAAAUGGGUUAGCUGGAUGGACAUUUCUUUGAUUAUCAACCAGGAUAUGCUCAACUUGCUCCUGCCCAUCAUUGGCCGAAGUGGUGGGAAUGGUGAAGCCAAGGUCCGCUACACGGCAAUUGAUACUCUGACUGAGAUCAGCGGCAAGAAGAUGCGAUCUGCUGAUAAAAUGGAGCUUAUUUCUUUUAUUAACCUCCAGGACAUCAUUAGCCAACUCAUUGCUACACCCAUGUUGGAAGAGUUCAAAAACACACCAAAAUACGACACAGAUUUAGCGGAGGCGGUAGCAAAGUUGGUCAACACAGUUGUUUCCGACAUUGUUAGGGCUCUGGACGACAGUAGCAUUAAUGACGACACUCGCUCACGAGCAAACCAGCAUUUGCACGGAUUUCUGCCAUUCCUUCUUCGCUUCUUCUCCGACGAGUUCGACGAGGUCUGCUCGACAGUUAUCCCAGCCUUGACAGACCUUUUAACCUUUUUGCGUAAGCUUGGUCAAGGUCAGCUAUCGCAGGAAUAUGCGGGUAUGCUCCCACCAAUUCUGAAUGCCAUUAUUCAGAAAAUGAGAUAUGAUGAAACAUCGACUUGGGGUAAUGAAGACGCACAAACCGAUGAGGCUGAGUUUCAGGAACUUCGAAAGAAACUACAAAAUCUUCAGAAAACGAUCGCCGCGAUUGAUCAAACCCUUUACAUGGAUACGCUCAGCAACCUUGUCGCUACGACUUUCCAAAACUUGGACCAGGGUGGUGCCUCAAUGGACUGGCGUGAUCUAGAUCUAGCAUUGCACGAGCUCUACUUGUUCGGUGAACUCGCUUUGCCCAACCAAGGCCCUGGUACAAAGAAUCAGCCAUCUAAUGAAGCCUCUGAACGUCUCGUGGUUAUGAUGAAAAAGAUGGUAGAAUCUGGUAUUGCCAAUCUCACUCACCCCGCCAUCCUACUCCAUUACAUGGAAAUCUGCGUCCGAUACUAUGUUGUCUUUGAAACCAACGCCGACCUCAUUCCUCAAGUCUUGGAGACCUUCGUUCGCUUGGUUCACCAUGACCACGUCCGCAUCAAGACCCGGUCUUGGUAUUUGUUCCAUCGAUUCAUCAAGCAGCUUCGCGCCCGAGUCGGUAAUGUUGCCGAAACUGUCAUCCAGUCUAUCGGAGACUUGCUCCCUAUCAAGGCCGAGGUUCCCAGCGAAGAUGCAGACGACGACAUGUCUUCUGAUGAAUCCGACCACUCAGCAAACGCCCUCUUUACGAGCCAGCUGUACCUGUUUGAGGCCAUUGGCUGCAUUUCUGCCACGCAGAGCACUCCCGUGGAGAAGCAAGCCCUGUAUGCACGAUCAGUCAUGGAGCCUCUUUUUCAGGAUAUGGAGGCCCAUCUCCCCAGAGCCGAAUCUGGCGAUGCACAGGCUAUUCUUCAGAUUCACCACAUUGUCAUGGCACUAGGCACGCUCGCUCACGGCUUUUCUGACUGGACUCCCGGAUCCCUGUCUAGCACCCAGCAAAACCCUCCAGACAAGCUUGUUGCAGCCGAAUUUUCUCGCGCCGCGGAGGCCAUUCUCAUUGCGUUGAACAAACUAAACUCCUCUGCCGAAAUUAGAACUGCUUGCAGAUCAGCCUUUUCUAAACUCGUUGGUGUUCUCGGAGCUGCAGUUCUGCCACAGCUGCCGCAGUGGAUUGAGGGUUUCCUCUCACCCCGAUCUACGAAGGAUGAGAUGGCAAUGUUCCUGCGCUUGCUGGACCAGGUUGUUUUUGGUUUCAAGACGGAGAUUUACGACGUCCUGAACAUGCUCCUAACCCCACUUCUGCAGCGAAUCUUUUCCGGUCUCUCUGAGCCAGUAACGGGAACUGACGAUGAAAUCCAGCUCGCAGAACUCCGCCGAGAAUAUCUCUCCUUUAUUCAGAUUAUUUUGAAUAACGGUCUGGAGGGUGUCCUCAUUAGCGAACAAAACCAAGGAUUCUUCGACCCCAUGAUUUCGUCCAUUAUCGAGCUUGGCAAGACCAUUGAAGCCAACAUUGGUCCCAGCCGCCUCGCCUUUAGUAUCAUGCUUCGUAUCUCCACGAUUUGGGGAGGACCUGAUAUAGCUACCAUUUCGGCCAACCCUUCUGCGCCGUCUGGCUCGCCAACACCGUCUAUCCCUGGAUUUGAUCAGUUUGUAAUUGAUCGUUUCCACAGUGCCUGCUGGGAGGCGAUGCGAAACCCGAACUUCAAGCCUUGGCAGGAUGCUCAGUCGAAGCAGGUUCUCACGGAGAUUGCGGCACUGGAACAGUUGAUUUAUACCAAAACCGGCAACUUGUUCGUUCAGACACUUCAGAACCAGCUCUUUCCCAGUCUUGGAAUUGACGGCAACGAAUUCCUUCAACUCAUGACGACGUCGGUGGACAAGAAAUCUUUUGUGGCAUAUUUGCAAAAUCUAUUGAAAAGCCGACAGUAAACAAAAUAGCGAUGGAAGGGAGGAUAUAUAGGGAGCCGGCUAGUCGGGAUUAAAGGAUAUGCUGUAUUUUUGGAUGCACACAGCUAUCAGACAUGAACAUGUUUUCUCUUUUUUUCUUUAUAAUAUCCAUACAUAGGAGUUUGGGACGAACUCAAAUAUCAUAGACUUACACCACCAAAAAUCAAACAAGAACAUCAGACAGCCUUUUCCGUCCCGUGCUUUAUUGAUAUCAUAGAUGAAACAAGUGUAGUAAUUAGAAGGCACAGCUCGUCAGUGGCUAGUCUCUAUUCGGAUUGUGUUAACAAGUGCUAUUUACAAAACAAUGCACACGCUUUUCUCCUUUGCCAACAUUUAAACUAGCCGUUCGUCCACAUAUUAAUGACGGCUCACCACAGAUUACAAAAUAGCGUCAAGUGAUCAAACAAUGUAGCCUCCUCCUCCUACGCUUCGCCAUUCACGCACUCCAGUUGCCUCUUCCAGCUCCACGCACCACCACAGCACCUCCUUAGCCUUGUCAGGCUGGCCACUCUCCUCAUGGGCACGCGCAAGAGCAAACCAUGCUUCGGCAGAAUCCCAAGCGCUUCCAAGACGAGUGAGUCCUGAGAGUAGGGUGAACGCGCGAUCGCGUGCUGCAAGGCGAUCAACGAGAGGAAGCGAAGAAGCCUUAUAAGCUUCAGGCAAAUCAUCGUCGCCUUGGCUAGCAACAGCAGCACCCUCAGUUGAAGCCUUCAGAGCUCGCUUAGUCUCCGCAGCUGAGGGACCCCAACCAAGAGGUUGUGCUUGCAGGGGUGAACCCUCAGCAUCAAUGCCAGAUGCUGGUGAUGCGGUCAAGGUCGCAGGAGGCAAGAGUGUCUCAUUAUAAACAUCGAGCAAAAUGUUGGAAAGACCCACUGUCGCUAGUGUAUGGUUAGGGUAUUGAGUGAGGGCAGACUCAAAGUCGGCACGGGCUUCGUAAGGUUGGUUUCUAGCGAGUGACAAGUAACCGAGCUGCAGGAGUAUGUUAAAUAAAGCUGUUUCAAGAGACGUUGGGGACUUACUUCAGAAUACACGUCUCCCCACAAUUCAUCAACCGUCUUGGUUUCUCCCCACGCCACGCCAUUUAGUGGACUAGGGGCGCUAGAGUCUUUAGAGGCGUCUGUUUCGAGGCCCUGAACAAGCUUCUGGGCUUCAGAGACAGCUGCCUUGCACUCGUCCAACAUCUCAGCACGGCGGUAGAAGCCGGCAAUCAUGGUCCAGACCUUGAUCAAGAUAGUGACGUGCCUCAUCUUUUCUGUGUCUUUGGGGAACUGCACCAGUGGCACCAGAUGCGGCGUGGCAUAUGCGCUCUCUACUACAAGUUCGGACUGUUGUGUCGACUUGGAAUUGGAUGAUAGAAUAGACUUGAGGGACGACACGGUCUUCUCUCGGGCAAAUCCAGCUCCGCGACCAGCUGGGCCCUUUGUAGGGCUAAGCUCGCCUUGGCUGCCGUCUGGCGUGGGUGUGAAGAAUGAAUCUCCGUCAGUGGCAGCUUUUUGAGAAGCACUGCCGGCACUACCAGCUCUAUCUCUGCUGGCGCUUCUAUUUCUCUUCUUCAAACUGUUCCUACGCCCAGAUUCGCUUCGGGUCGAGCUAUCUUGGCGUGUCAUUGGUCGGCGAGCGUCUUCGGUUACUUGAAUUACAGGGCUGCUAGUAGCUGUUGUUGCUGGUCUCGACGGCAAUGUCGACUUCUGUUCGCUAACGGUCGCGACACUGGAUUGUCUGGUGGGAGGCUGGGAACGGUCAGAUUUUCCACCAAAAAUGCUUCCACGGAAGCCUCGAGCAGUGGCUGCAGUCUUUGGGGGUUCUAGUGAAGACCCAGCCUUCGAAGCUGAUGGCAUCGCAACAACUCCAAACAAGCGUGUAAAGAGGGCUAAGAGUUCGUAGCUGGCAUUUACUGCCGCAUUGGGGCCUUCUUGUAGCUCUAUCAAGGUGAGUUGCGUCAUUUUUACUUCGAGGAUGCUCUCCUUUUCCGAAUCAUCCAGUUCAUCAACCAAGCCUGUUUCGUGAGCCUCCUUUACGGCUGAUUCACCAGAUGCGUCACUUCUGAAGCUUUCUUCUUGCUUGCCAAAUAGAACUGUCGGGUCUCUGAACUGUUCCAAUGCGCCAUCGCAAGCUCUAACUGCCAUGGCAUAGUCUUGUCGAGCGCUCAAAAGCAGCGCCAGGAGGUGCCACACAGGAAUGAGAGAUCUCUCUUGCCAAUAUGGCCCAUAUACAUGGCGUCUCUCACCCUGCUGAUCCUUUGGCACCAUUAAUGCAGAACGGACCAGGUCGAUAGCGGGAGAGAGUUCUUUGCGUUCAGCCAAGAGCAGAGCUACGGCAAAGAUGCUUCUCACGUCCUUGGGGCGUCCAAAUUCAGAGGCUAGGGAUCGGCGUAGAGAUCGAACAGCUUUGGCCUGAAUCUCAGUUCUAGACGAGGCAUCUGGUGUCACUCUAGACCAAUACGCGUGCGACAAGCCAAUAGCUUGCCAUGCCAAGGAUAGUGUCUGGGGUGCGACGCUCUUCGAAGUCUGGUUGACGGCAUCAGAAUCGGGCGCUGAAGUUCCAUUCUCGAUUGUUUUGCUUUGCGGCAGUUUGGAUAGCCAAUCUUCCAGCUCAGCGCCUAGGUGACGAGCUUUUUCAACAGCUGGUUGGCGGCCAUAUAGACAUAGAGCCAUGAUGGCGUUGGAUAGCGUUUCCAAGAUAACGCCAUUUUCAUCUAAACUUGGCUCCAGUAUACCCGUCUUCUCAACACGAGCUUUGACCUUCUUGACAAUAUCCAAGUAGGAAUCGAAGGCCUUGAAGGCAAGGUCAAACUCAGCAAGGGAGACGUGGACAUUGAACAGAGAUCGCAGGAUAGCAGUAGAGUGAUAUGUUUUUGUUGCAGCAUUGUAUAAUGUGCUCAAAACACCCCUGCUAAGCGCAGCGCGACCACCUAUACCAAUAUCUUUCUCAGACCAGCCCCGGCCGCAGAGGAUUUCCCAAUUCUUCAUAACCUGCGUUACAAAUGCUUCGACUUCUUCUCGGUGUUCAUCGGCUCGGGGGAACUCGGUUUCGUCAAGUAGAAGCCUUUCGUAUGCAGACUCUACCCGCUUCAGCUCAGUGGCAAGCUGGGUUCUGGCAGGGGUAUCGCUGGAAGCCUUUCCCAGGUUUCCUGGGGCAAACUGAAGAUCAUUUUGUACAACUUGUGACAGUGAGGAGUAGUAUUCCCUCCAGAUUGCGCGGCGAGGCACAGAGUUGGAUGAGCCUUUAAAUCCAACACCACCUGCUACCGACUGGCCCAUUGCUUCCCAGUACCUAGCCCAGCAGCGAUAGCAGGCAAUCGAUUCUCGGUCUCCAGGUGGCAGCUCAUUUUGACGGGAGCCUUCGCUAGAUAGCGUGCAAUACUCUGUCAGGAAUAACUCAGACCAAUAUCGUAGUUGCUUGUGGAUGGGUUGACCACUCCAAAGUCUGUCCAACGAAGGUAUAGCGGCGUUGUAGCUGGCAAGAGCUUCAACCCGUUUACCUUCCCUAGCAAGGCAGUUUGCCCUGAGAUAUGCGGCUUUAAGUACACAAACGCUGGUCCAUUCAGACACAGAGUUAAUCUCUCCUGUGGCAGCAUUCUUCUCGCCAAGCCCCUUGGGAAGGCGACUGACGGCUUGUUUGUAUUCAGCAACAACCCAAUGUAACCAGCCGACACAGGUUUGCGCCUGGUAUACGUCUUCUUUGUUUGUACGGUCGUCGUCAAUUGAAGACAGCAGCUUGGGGACGACGUUUAUGACAUCGAGGUCCUUUGCUGUGGCGGAGAUGGACUGGCGACCUGAUGAGGUCAGGUUGGAAAUUGCGCAUUCGGUUUCGGCGGUCAGGGCAAGG